AUGGGUUUCGCUGCGCUCAAGGCCAGGACAAAUGACAUUGUGUCAGGCUCCCCUGUGGGGCGCUACUUCCAUCUGGACGGAUCUGGUCAUCCCAAUGAAAUAAAGGGCGCGAGGUUCACCACCGAGCUGCGAGCCGGCCUGACCACCUUCUUUACCAUGGCCUACAUCAUUGCUGUCAACGCAUCCGUACUCACGGAUUCGGGUGCGACCUGUGUCUGCAACGACACAGUUGACCCUACUUGUCUCAAGGAUAGAGACUACAAUCUGUGUCUUGUUGAGGUCAACCGAGAUCUCGUCACUGCCACCGCUGCCAUCGCCGCUUUUGGAUCCUUCCUCAUGGGCAUCAGUUCAAACCUUCCAGUUGCCGUUGCCCCUGCUAUGGGUCUGAAUGCCUACCUUGCCUACCAAAUCGUUGGAUUCCACGGAACUGGACCAAUCAACUACCGUGUCGCCAUGAUGGCAGUCUUCGUUGAGGGCUUCAUCUUCAUUGCUCUGUCUCUCCUCGGUAUCCGUCAGUGGCUUGCUCGCAUCAUCCCUGCCUCCAUCAAGGUAGCUUGUGGCGCUGGUAUUGGCCUUUUUCUCACCUUGAUCGGGCUCUCCUACUCUGCUGGUAUUGGCGCCAUCACUGGCUCAAAAGCCACACCUCUCGAGCUCGGAGGCUGCCCUCCUCGGUACCUUGACCCUGACACUGGCGCCUGUCUCUCGCACAAGGCAACCUCGCCAACGAUGUGGCUUGGCUUCAUGGUUGGUGGAGUCCUGACUGCGCUGCUCAUGACCUACAAGGUCCGCGGUGCCAUGAUUGUUGGUAUUGCUCUCGUAUCCAUCUUCUCCUGGCCUCGCGACACCUCCAUUACAUACUUCCCGCGUAGCGACAUUGGCGACAGCCGCUUUGACUUCUUCAAGAAUGUCGUGGCUUUCCACCCCAUCCAGAGGAUUUUGGCCGUUCAGGACUGGACCCUCUCUACCAUUGACGGCGACGUCGCUGGUCAGUUCAUCCUUGCUGUCUUCACCAUGUUGUAUGUCGACAUCCUUGACGCUACUGGUACUCUGUAUUCCAUGGCCCGCUUCUCCGGCGUUGUUGAUCCAGACACUGGUGACUUUCCUAGGAGCACUAUCGCCUACUGUGCUGACGCCGUCGCCAUAUCCGUCGGUUCUCUCUUCGGUUCAUCGCCUGUCACUGCCUUUGUCGAAUCUGGUUCUGGCAUUCAGGAAGGUGGUCGCACUGGCUUGACAGCCAUGACUACUGGCUUGUGCUUCUUCAUCUCGCUAUUCUUUGCUCCCAUCUUCGCUUCAAUCCCACCCUGGGCGACUGGUGGUGCUCUGGUCCUCGUUGGUUGCAUGAUGAUGCGCGGUAUGACUGCGAUCAACUGGAAUUACCCUGGAGAUUCUAUCCCAGCCUUCGUCACUCUCAUGUUCAUGCCCUUCUCCUACUCGAUUGCCUACGGUCUGGUUGCUGGUAUCAUGUGCUACGCCAUCCUCAACACUGUUACUUGGGUCCUUGGUGCGAUCUCUGGUGGUCGUCUCCUGCCUCCUGACUAUGAUAACAAGGAGUACUGGAGCUUCCGCGCCGACUCUGCACGUAACCAACCGUGGUUCAUCCGCGCCAUCAAGGGCGACAAGCGAUUCUGGAGGCCUCAAGACAACGACUCGUUCGAGCUGCAAUCUGCAGAAAUCCGAACCAAAGAAUAG